CAAUUCAAACAUGAAAUGUUAAUUUUCUGAUCAACAUCAAUAGAUUUCCCAUUCAAAUAGCGUACAAUGACAGGGAUACCUGGGUGGUUCAGCAACUGAGCAUCUGCCUUCAGCUCCAGGAGUGAUUCUGGAGUCCCGGGAUCGAGUCCCACAUUGGGUUACUCCUGGGAAGCCUGCUUCUCCCUCUCCCUUUGCCUAGGUCUCUCACUCUCUCUGUGUCUUAUGAAUAAAAUCUUUUAAAAAUAUAGUGUACAAUGAUAAAUACUAAUGAAAUCUUUCCUACCAGUUCAUCUUUGAAAUAAGUAUAUGUUUUUUUAAGAAAAUAAAAACUAAGAAACACUAUCUUUAUCAAAUUAUUAACAUGAAUGCCUACUUCAGCCUUACAACUAAUCAGAUAAAUAAAACUCUAACACAAAUUAUAUACUACAGUAUCAUAAAGAAUUAGCAUCAUAAAGGGGCUUUCAAGGUCAUUCGAUCUAUUUUCUAAAUGAGAACAAUCAUGAGGCAGGUUAAAAGAAGAACCAGAAGCAAGUUCACAAUGGGUAUUUUGACAUCCAUAUCGUAUUAGAAUUUCUGAUGUUAAAAAAAAAAAAGAAUUUCUGAUGUUGAAUAUCUCAAUGUAGUAUUUUUUCUUUUCUUUUUUUUUUUAAUUUUUAUUUAUUUAUGAUAGUCACACACAGGGAGAGAGAGAGAGAGGCAGAGACAUAGGCAGAGGGAGAAGCAGGCUCCAUGCACUGGGAGCCCGAUGUGGGAUUCAAUCCCGGGUCUCCAGGAUCGCGCCCUGGGCCAAAGGCAGGCGCCAAACCGCUGCGCCACCCAGGGAUCCCGUAUUUUUUCUUUUUUUAAAGAUUUUAUUUAUUCAUUCAUGAUAGAGAGAGGCAGAGACACAGGCACAGGGAAAAGCAGGUUCUAUGCUGGGAGCCUGACGCAGGACUCGAUCCUGGAACCCCAGGAUCGCGCCCUGGGCCAAAGGCAGGCACUAAACCGCUGAGCCACCCAGGGAUCCCCUGUAGUAUUUUUUCUAAUAGGAUACCUUGCUUUCAAUGAGACAGGAGAUUUUAUUUAUUGUUUGAAAUGUUUCAAAAAGGGCUAUUUAACAUGAUGAAUGUGCCUUUCCAUAAAAUUUUAGGGCCAACAGAAAGAUUUAGAAAACAAAAAUAAAAAUCCAAAAGAUACACUUAAGAACUCCAAGUGAAAAACCCUAAAGUGAGGGGAGGAGAAAAAAGAAAUUCCAGAAAGUUCAGUUUCUUCUCUCACUAAAUUAUCCCUAAGGCAGAAAUCUAGGAUGCUUAGAGGACUGUUUGUAAUGUUUAUUUAGAACUAGAAACUAGCUUAAAUACAGAAGCCCCAAUGAGGGCUUUUUACAUUUUUUUUUUUUUGAAGGCCUUUUAAAUUUUAAGUCUAAGAAACAUUAUCUUCUACCUAGAGAACCCACGGAGAGUAUCUCCUGAAUGUUCAUAAUGAAUGUACCAUCCUAUAAGCAUGUCAGACUAAAGGUUUACAGUACCAUUUAGAUACAAAACAACCCAAUUUCAUGAUAUGCAAGAAGAUUUCCUGUUACCUUAAGUUAUAUAGAAAGAUAAUAUUUUUUCAAAAUAUAUAAAGGGGGUCUUUGCUGAGGGUCACACUGAGCUGCGAGGUGCUGCAGGGGUGUCUUUAGAGUCAGCACCAUGGGAGAAGACAUCAAGUCCAAAAUCAAGGAGUACCAGACUGCCCCUUUUGACAGCCACUUCCCCAACCAGAACCAGACUAGGAACUGCUGGCACAACUACCUGGACUUCCACAGCUGUGAGAAGGCAAUGACUGCUAAAGGGGGUGAUGUCUCCAUGUGCAAAUGGUACCGGCAUGUGUACAAGUCCCUCUGCCCCAUAUCCUGGGUGUUGGCCUGGGAUGACCUCUGGGCAGAAGGCACAUUUCCUGGGAAGAUCUGAACUGGCUCCACCCACCUCUCCUCUGUCCUCCAUCCUUCUCCCAGGGUGGUGAAGGGGGACCUGGGUACAUGGUGAUUCCCACCCUGGGAUCCUGAAUCAUGGCUUAACUUAUAACAAAUACUCGUUGGAAAAGUGUAAGACUGCGUAUGUGUAAAAGAACUGGGUGAUCGGGCAAGAAGCUGGGAUGGGAAUUAAUACCUUGACCAAAAAGAGGGACUUCAGGGGGAUUGCUUUUUUUCUGUUUUGCUUUGUUUUAUGUUACUAAAUUGACCACCUUCUUUAUACCAGACAAUAUAGUGAGUGAUUAUAGCCUCAGGCCCCUGUAUGUGCAAAAAUUUAUCUGUAUGUUCCCCUUUAUCACCUAUACAAUUUCAAAAAACUUUUCUUAUGUAAUUUUUGAACCACAUGGAAAUAGCGUAAUAAAAAUUGU